CCGCUAUAGGCUAUUCUAGCCGUACCUCCAGAGAACAAUCGCGCACGGGGACAACUUCCCUGAACACAGACACAACAUGGACAAGACCAAGUCCAAACUGGCGGCCUUCUUUGGCGACGACGAGGAAGAACAGCCCUUCCCACAAAAGUUUCUAGAUGACGCCAAACUCUCCCAGUACGCGUCAGGAAAAGUGCGAAAGUCCCGGCGAGAGAAGGAACAAGAAGCAGCAGAGGCGAAACGGAAAGAAGAGGAAGCAAGCGCUGCACAGGCGUAUGCUGAAUUCCUGGAAACGUUCGAAGGGAAGGAGUCCUCGCGCAAGUCUGGCUCAGCUUUCGUUAGGGCAGAUACCAAAACUGCAUAUGUCCCUGCCGGAGGAUCUUCCCAGCAGCAGCAGUCUUCGACUGGCGGUUUCUUCAAGAGGUCACCUUCACCCACCGUUUCUGCGCCCAAGCCGAAGGGGAAACGUGCCAUGGACUCUUUCCUGGAGGAGAUCAAGAGGGAUCAAGCAGAGCGUGAAGCUAAAUACGCAGGGAGAGCCGGUGGGCGAUCCGUUACCGCCCUCGCCGCAUAUGAAGGUCAAAGUGGAAGCAAAGACAGAGGCGAUCCACUGACAUCGAACAUAUUUGUGGCCAACCUACCGCCUCAUGUCACUGAGCAAAGCCUGGGUCUCUUCUUCGCAAAGGUGGGACCAGUUGGAUCGGUAAAGAUCAUGUGGCCUCGAGGCGACGCAUCUUCAGGCCCGGGCGCAGACAUGACUUCUACGCGGAAAGCAAAAAGUGCUGGACUGAGCGGCUUCGUAUCAUACAUGAAGAGACGCGACGCAGAAGAGGCGUUGCGUGAGUUUGACGGGUUCGAUUGGGGUGGUUCUAUUCUGCGAUUUCAGAUCGUUAUCGAAGCCGAAGCCGGAGUCGCAGCCGUUCACAGGAUAGACGGCGUUCUGCCUCCCCUCGUCGACAUCGACGAUCAAGAAGUCGUUCACGGGACCGGUCACCACGUCGAAGGAGAUCUUAUAGUCGUUCCCGAAGUCGCUCUCGCAGUCCACAGCGGAAAGGCAGUUGCAGCAGAAGUCAAAGGUCACGGGAGCAAGUACGAGCAAAUGCUCAAGGAGCGGGAGAAGUCCAACCCCAAAUACAAGUUCAUGCUAGAACGAACUCAUCGACGGCAUGCCUUCUACCGUGGACUGCUAGAGUCCGAAACGUUCAAUGAGCCCGAAUUCGACGACGAUGGAUACAAUUCCGUUUACUCAACCGAUUCUGGAGAGGAAUCUGAACGCGAACGCACGCGUAAAAACGUGCUAGGCAAGCUGGCUCGCAAGCGUUUUGAGGCAAUGCUGCGCGCAAUGAGUGGUAAAUGUGGAGAAGUUGCCCGUUGCAUGGUCUUCUGUCUGGAACACGCAGAAGCAGCGCAUGAAGUGGCUGAUAUCAUCGUAUCCUCGCUGUUGGUUGACAGCACGCCGGUUCCGCGAAAAGUGGCACGACUCUAUCUGAUAUGCGACAUCCUCCACAACUCUGCUGCUCCAGUGCCGAGUGCAUGGAGGUUCCGUCAGGAGUUUCAGUCCAGACUCGGCAUAGUCUUCGACCACCUUGCGAACAUUUACCAUUCCUUCCCCGGGAGAAUUACCGCCGAUUUGUUCAAGAAGCAAAUUACGACUGUCGUCGAUAUCUGGGAGGACUGGAUUGUAUUCCCUCCGGAUUUCACUGCAGAAUUGAGAGAGCGUUUGGAGGGCCAUGUCACCACGACGGCUGAGGGUACUGGAAAAGUGGCUCCUUCAGAUACCGGUCCCGCCACCACUCGCGGUCUUCCCUCAAAAUUCAAGGCGGCAGGUUUCCAGCCCGCUACCGACCCUGUCACAGAAUCGAAACCCGCUUCCGAAGCUCCGAGUGACGGCGAACCAAUGGAUGUCAGCGACGGCGAAUCAAGCAAGAACGAUUUGGAUGGUGAACCUGUGAAAGAGGACCUGGAUGGCGAGCCCAUGGAAGAUGUGGAUGGUGAACCUCUGGAGGACGACAUUGACGGUGAACCGGUCGUGGACGAUCUGGAUGGAGAACCUGCCGCAGAAGACCUCGACGGAGAUCCAAUCGACGACGACUUGGAUGGCAAACCAGUGGCUGAGGAUCUAGACGGUGAACCAUUGGAAUAUUAG